AUGCCCAACGACACAAUCCCCCUAGGCCGCUACCUCUGGACCCGCAUCGCCCAACUCGGCAUCACCAAAAUCUUCGGAGUCCCAGGAGACUUCAACCUCACCCUCCUCGACCACAUCUACCCCGUCCCGAACCUCUCCUGGGUCGGCAACACCAACGAGCUCAACGCCGCGUACGCCGCCGACGGCUACGCGCGCGUCAAGCAAGGCGCGGGAUGUGUGGUCACGACGCACGGGGUCGGGGAGUUGAGUGCGCUGAAUGCGAUCGCCGGGGCGAUGACGGAGCAGAUCAAGGUGAUUCAUGUGGUUGGGCAGACGAGUCGGCGCAUGCAGAGCGAGAGGAUGAUGAUUCAUCAUAGUGUUGGGUUUGGGCCGGAUCAUGGGGUUUUUAGUAAAGCUUCGAGGGAGUUUAGGGUCGCUGCUGCUGAACUUCAGAGCGAGGAGGGUGCUGCUGAGGAGAUUGAUCGGGUGUUGAGGGAGUGUUUCGUCAAGUCUGGACCGGUGUAUAUCUUUGUGCCGAUUGAUUUGGUUGAUCGACAGGUUCCUGCGAAGGCUUUGGAGACGCCCCUGGAUUUGGAGCCGGGGUUCGAUCAAACGACUGUUGAUGAAGCGGCGAAGGCUGUACUCGAUGCGAUCUAUGCAAGCAAAUCCCCGGGGUUGUUCGUUGAUUGCCUGGUUAAUCGACGAAAUGCGACUGCCGAAGCGAGGGAGUUGGUCGAUAAGCUUGGGAUUUUGACCUAUACUUCCAACAUGGGCAAAGGCAUCAUCGACGAGACAAACCCCAACUACCUGGGUCUAUACAACGGCCUCGCCUCAGCCCCCGGCGUCGAAUCCGCCUUCGAAACCCACGACGUCGUCCUCACCCUAGGAAACCUCCCCUCCGACACCAACUCCGGCGGCUUCACACGAAAAGUCGCCCCGGAGAAAGGUAUCUACAUCAAUACCGACGACGUCCAGAUCUUCAACGGCAAGAACUCCUUCUCACACACCCCGAUCAAGUACGUCCUCACAUCCAUCCUCAAACAGCUCGAUCCCUCCCACCUCCCCAAAACCUCCAAACCCACCCUCCCGGACCCGGACCUCGAAGACGACCACGAUUCGAAACUCAUCACGCAGUCCUGGAUCUGGACAUACCUCGCGCAGAACUUCUUCCGGCCGCACGAUGUGAUUUUCGGCGAGACGGGCACGGCGGCGUUUGGGAUUCCCGAUGUAACUUUUCCGGAAAACGUCGAUUGGUUUACGCAGACGUACUAUGGGAGUAUCGGUUAUGCUACGCCGGCGGCUUUUGGGGCGGAGAUGGCGUUGGUGGAGUUGGAUGGGAAGGGGGAGAGGGAGAGGGGAAGGACGUUGCUCAUUACCGGGGAUGGGAGUAUUAUGUUGACGAUACAGGAGGUCGGCAACAUGAUCAAACAGAACCUCUCACCGAUUAUCCUCCUCAUCAACAACGCCGGCUACACCAUCGAACGCGUCAUCCACGGCGCGCAUCAGAGCUAUAACGACAUCGUCCCUUUCGAUUAUUCCCAUAUGCUCCCUUUCUUCAACAUGUCGCCCUCGGAGGCGAAGAAGAACUUCCAUCGGUGCGAGACGAAGGAGCAGCUCGAGGAGGUGUUGAAGUUGGAGAGUGUGCGGAGUCCGAAGGGCGUGCAGGUGGUGGAGAUUGUGAUGGAUAAGUUGGAUGUGCCUUGGCGGUUGAGUACGCAGGUUGGGACGAGGGGACCGGAGGCUGUGAAGGAGAUGAAGGAGGCGGGGUUUAAGGUGAGGGAGAUGAAGAAGCAUGAGGCUUUUUGGUAUUGA